UGCUAGCAGACCAAAUGCUUCAAUGCAAACUGAGCGCUCAUCCAAAGCGCAUCCGUGUGAAAUCUCCGUGGAGAAAGGAAAAGGGAGAGAGAGAGAGAGAGAAGAGAGAGAGAGAGAGAGAGAGAAAAGAGAGAAAAAGAAGGGUCGAAUUCGGAUCUCGCGACGUAGGGAGAUACGAAACCGCGGUGUUGAACGCUCGUGAUUACGACAAUCGAUGAAAAUCGAUGAGGGGACGAUGGCGCGAUAUGUCGGUCUUAGUGAGUCUUUCAUUGUCCUUCUCCUAGUGGUCCAUCUGGAGCAGCUGAUCCUGCAUAAUCGAGCGUCCGUUGUCGAGGGGGUAAUAGAAGAUCGAUUUGAAAAAUGCUGCGGCCUGGGCACUUCCUGGGCCGAGGAAGGCCUGAGAUGUGAAAGAUUUAUCGGGCCCGUUCCGGGAGUGCCGACAGUGGAGCAAGGUCCUUGCCAGAAGGCCGUGGACAUCUGUUGCGUCCGGAAGUAUCACGAUCUACAAUGCGAGAAGGGAAAAGCGGACGCGCGUCAAGGAUUGCCUUGCGUAUCGAACGUGACGAGCGCAAGGAGGACGAAGAUAACCAGCCGCGGCGACUACCAUCGCGACUGUUGCGAGGGUUGCAAACUAGGUAUCUACGCGGCGUCGACGGACCAAGGAUGCGGCUUCAAGAGCUUCUCCUUCGGUAUCCCGUGGGAUCCCGCGUUCCUGGAGUGCUGUCACGAAAAUUUGCCGAGUACUACGACUGACCUCACGAGUCCAUCGACCACUGAUACCGAUUCCUCGUCGUCGGCGUCGUCACCGUACUCAUCGUCGCCGUCGUCGCCGUCGUCGCCGUACUCGUUGUCGCCGUCGUCGCCGUACUCGUCAUCGCCGUCGUCGCCAUACUCGUCAUAUUCCUCAUCGUUAUCCUCUUCGCCGACAUCGCCUUCAUCUUCGUCUUCGGAGUACUCGUCUUCUUCAUCGCCCUCGGGAUCCACACCGUAUUCGAUACCAACUCCAGAGCUGGAUGAUAUCUGUCAACUCAUGAAAGGCAUGCUCUGCUCUGACAUUUGCGUACCGACGCCGGGCUCGUAUUAUUGCAAGUGCCGCGAUGGCUUCACUCUAUUGGAGGACGGAAAAACCUGCAGUCAGGAUCCGACUGACAGAUGCAAGUCGACCCACCCGUGCGAGCAAAUCUGCACCGACAACGGGGAGGCUGUCAUAUGCAGCUGUAAUCCGGGAUACGACUUGGCCGACGACGGACGCUCGUGUAUCCCAAAGACUACCAAGAACAAGAAAUCGACGGACGCGGCGGACAAGGAUAACGCAUCGUCGCUGUUGUGUCCAUCGGGCUACCGUUACAACGUCACCAAGCAGGUGUGCGAUGACGUGGAUGAGUGUCUGGAGUGGAGCAUGUGCCCUGGGAGAUGUCAGAAUACUAUAGGAUCGUUCGUCUGCAUCCCGAUGAAGUCGAUCAAGGACGCGCCCUACGAAGCUUGUCCCCCGGGUUACCAAUGGGAGCCACGUGCGGGUGUGUGCACAGAUAUCGACGAGUGCUCUGUUUUAUUGAACGCUUGCACCGCCGCUAAGCCGUUCUGCGUGAACACACAGGGCAGUUAUGCUUGCUUGGAAAUGACCGGAGCGAAGUCCUGCCCCGCCGGAUUCAAGUACGACAAGUUGUCGCAACAAUGCAAGGACGUGGACGAGUGCGCGGAGGCUAUUCACAGCUGUCUGACGGACGUCGAAGAAUGCCGCAACACCGAGGGUGCUUACGAGUGCGACAUGAAGUGCGAGAAAGGAUUCACGUACAGUAUUAGUUUGGGUAUCUGCGUCGACGUAGACGAGUGCGUCGAGUCGAGCAAUCUUUGUCCCGAGCCCGACACGUUAUGCGUCAACACCGUGGGUGCUUACGAGUGCGUGAGAUCCUCGGGAGACUCUCUUCCGCGGCUGCCGAUCGAGAAGGAUCUCUUCGAGCGUCAAAAGAAGCCACUGAGCCCGCUGAUUUGCUCCGCUGGCUAUAAGCCCGCGAACGACUCCGAAAUAACGUGCAUAGAUGUCGACGAAUGCAGCGAGCAACUUCACUCCUGCGAGCCCGACGAACGUUGCGUUAACGAGAUCGGCAGUUAUAGAUGCGUGCCGGUUAAACACGACGAGGGCGUAUCCACCACGAAGAAGAGCGGCGACGGUCGACGCGAUGACCGAUACAACGGAGGUUACAAGUUGGAUGAAACGAGCACCUCGCCGGUCACUAAUCGUAAUAAUGAAGUCGAGCAUUGCGACAAUGGUUACUUCUUCGAUGGGAAAUCGCGUCGUUGUAUCGACGUUGAUGAAUGCGCCAAUGGACUAGCGAUCUGCGGAAUUGGUGAACGUUGCGUGAACACGGAGGGUAGUUACCGCUGCUCACCGACCUGCACGACCGGCUUUCGACUGCGCCUGAAUCUCGUCAACGACACCGAGGAUCCCUGCGAGGACAUAAACGAAUGUUCACUUGGGCUGCACAAUUGCAAUCGCUUGACUCAUCGUUGUCUCAAUACAAACGGUUCUUAUCUUUGUGAGCCGUUAACCAUCACAACUACCACCACGACUACCACAACGACCACGACGCCCAGCAGCACAACCAGAAGAACCUUCAACGACUCACGCUACAAGAUCGCGCAGACGUCUAGAAGCCGCGAUUUGUUGAAUAACAAAGCGGAUCGCUAUUGGUCCACGGAACCGUGCAGACUGGGCUACAAGAGAGAAGCUAGCACAGGAUAUUGUGUGGAUAUAGACGAGUGCCUGGUCGGACCGGGCUGUCGCGAUUAUGAGAGAUGCACGAAUAUUCCAGGAGCCUACGAUUGUUCGCCGCUCUGCAGCACCGGUUGGUUCUUCAACACAGCCACGAAGAGCUGUCAAGAUGUGGACGAAUGCCUGUUGGGCAGACACGAUUGUUCUCAGGGUACCCACAGAUGCGUCAACACCAACGGAUCCUUUGUGUGCGAAUUAAUACCGCCCUGCAAGCCGGGCUUCCGACGAGCUUUCAACGGCGCUUGCUUGGACGUCGAUGAGUGCUCCGAGAGUUUGCACAACUGCCGCCUCGAUCUGCAUCAAUAUUGCGUGAACAAGGAAGGUAGCUUUGAGUGUUUGACUAGACUGCCCUCUUGCUCAGCCGGAUACCAAUAUUCUUUGGGCACUCGACAAUGCGAGGACAUCGACGAGUGCCUGACCGGAAAGUACAACUGUGACAUGAGAUUCCUCGAGAGAUGCAUCAACUUGCCGGGCACGUACAGGUGCCAGAGACCUCUACCUGCCGUGCAACGUCCACGUCAACGUCCCGCCUGUCCUUCCGGCUACCGAUACCACAAUCUUUUGCGUUCAUGCACGGAUGUAGACGAGUGCGCGGAGGGGCUGGACACGUGCGGCGAUGAGAUUUGCUACAACCAACCGGGUGGUUACAGCUGCGCGACGCCGCCCGCUCCGAUCACGAGGAAGCCGUCGACGACGGCGUUGCCGGCGCCGGGUAACAAUCAGAGGUGCAUGGAUGGCACAAGGUUAAUGAGGAAUCGCGGCUGCGUCGACAUCAACGAGUGCAAGGAGCUCGAGGACGCGUGCAGCAGCAACGAAGAGUGCGUCAACACCAUGGGCAGCUACACCUGCACCUGCAAGACCGGUUUCCGCCGCGAUAAUCUCACGCAGGCUUGCGUCGAUAUCAACGAGUGUCAGUUGCAGCAGAACGACUGUUUGUCGACUCAGCGAUGCGACAACACCAUCGGCAGUUACACCUGCACGCGCUUCUUACCCUGCGGCACCGGCUACACCCUGAACGCCGCGACGGAGAUCUGCGAGGACGACGACGAGUGCGCCCUGGGUACCCACGACUGCAGCGGCGGCUACCAGUGCAGGAACACCCUCGGUUCCUACCGUUGCGACCGCAUCCCGCGUAUACCGACUCCGCAGCCACGCACGUUGCCGAUCUCGAGAGCCACGAUGAUGACGACGACUACGACGACGACGACCACGACGACUGCACCGACGUCGUUGACGCCGGCUAUUUCAUGGCCGAGUUGCCCGCGCGGCUUCGAGUCCGGCUCCGGCGGCAAAUGCGUGGACAUCGACGAGUGCCGGAGGACACCGAAUCCCUGCGGCCGGCAGAACUGCGUCAACACUCUGGGAUCCUUCAGGUGCGUGUCCAGAGUGAUCUGCCCCCCCGGUUACGCUUUGGACCCCGUGAGCGGGCAACAUUGCCUUGACAUAGACGAGUGCCGCGAAGGAAGCCACGAGUGCGCGAAGGGUCAGGUCUGCGAGAACAGACCGGGCGGCUAUCACUGCCUCUGUCCGCCGGGCUACGUCGACGGUCCCAACAACGACUGCGUCGACAUCGACGAGUGUAGCGUCUACGGCGCUCGCAUCUGCGGGCUGAACAGCCGCUGCGAGAACACCGCCGGCUCCUUCAGGUGCUUGUGCGAGGAAGGCUUCGAGAACAACAGGGGUGCCGGCCUCUGCCAGGACAUCGACGAGUGCGAGCGCAUACCAGGACUGUGUCAGCACGUGUGCCUCAACGUCUGGGGCAGUUACCAAUGCAGAUGCAACAGCGGAUUCAGAUUGAACGCCGACAAUCGGUCGUGCAGCGACAUAGACGAGUGCAUGGAAUUCAAGGACAAUAACCUCUGCAUCGGCAUCUGCGAGAACACGCCGGGAAGCUACGCGUGCAAGUGUCCCGAUGGCUACCGGUUGGGCAGCGAUGGUCGGACGUGUCAAGACAUCGACGAGUGUGCGACCGGCCAGGUCUGCAGAAACCCGGACGAGACGUGCCACAACACGCGCGGCAGUUACCGUUGCAACAGGAUAAACUGUCCGGCGGGAUAUCAUCGGGACUCCGCGAAGAAAAACCGUUGCGUGCGCUCCUUGAGGAGUUGCCCGUGGGGUGACCUGGCCUGCAUUCGCUCACCCCUGCACUACUCCUACAACUUCAUCACCUUCGUGAGCAUGUUGCCGAUCCCCAGCACCGGCCAGCUCGAGCUGUUCACCAUGAGGGGCAACCACCACCCGGACUCGACGAUACAGUUCACCAUGGCGUUGAUGGACGUGCGCGCGGCGCCUGGAGUCGCGCGCGCCACGGAGUCCUGCUUCAGCCUGAGGAAACCGUCGCUCUCUCAAGCGGUGUUGGUGAUGACGCGCAGCAUCCCGGGGCCGCAGGAGAUCGAGUUGGAUCUCAGCAUGGAGAUCUAUCACGAGAGCAAGUUCGUCGGCAGCGCCGUCGCCAAGAUCAUCAUCUUCGUCUCCCAGUACGAGUUCUGAGCGGAUCCUCUCUGAACGAGGAUGCAGGAUGGAACGCGAUGAGCGUGAAGAUCGCGAUGAGAGAAGCGAUAUAAUCUACAGUGAUACGACCGCCCCCCUCCCUACUUCCUCUCUCUUCUCAUAUAAUUAACACGUUGGCUGGAUGUCGACUGGAUUCCCAUAGAUCGUACGAGAGUUCAACUGGUGAUUGAAUUACCGAGGAUAAUUACCGGUAAACCAAUGCAAUUCGAGAGAAAAAGGAUACCUCAAAGACACGUGAAAGACGCCUAAGGUUCGAGACGCAAAGAGCAUAGGGAGUAUUUAACACUAGAACUACCAAAGCGAUCGGAGGAGACGUGUUUGUAAUUUCUUCGAAAGAUUAGAGAAACUUAUGAUGGUGCGUUUUAUAACUUUGACUAACGUCGAAUGAAAGCAAGAGAAAUACAGAAUCACUUUUUCCCCUGCAAUAUUUAUGUUCUUUGAAAAUAUGUCGGUAAUUCUAAUGUUAAUCGUUUGCUCCCAACCCGAAACUGUGACAUAAUUUCUGGGAAAAGGCGUUUUUUCUCAGCUGUCAGACGUCGCAAUUCUCAAGUUUGAAAUGUUAUCACAACUUUUGGCGAGAAAGCUCUAAAAAGGCUCUAGGGGAACAGAAUGUCUCCUAGAUGUCUCCAGGACAUCCUCCAGAGAGUUGUGCCGUUUGGAUCUCUUUGGUCGUACUUUCCAAAUGUAAUUGCGUAACCAAUAUUCUAAAUGUAACUAUAUACAAUUUAUACGUUAAUUAUGUAAUU